AUGGAUUUGGACCAGUGGAUCUCAAAGGUGAAGGAAGGACAGCAUCUAUUGGAGGACGAGCUUCAACUCCUAUGCGAAUACGUAAAAGAGAUUCUUAUUGAGGAGUCCAAUGUGCAACCUGUAAACAGUCCGGUCACUGUUUGUGGUGAUAUUCAUGGCCAGUUCCACGACCUAAUGAAACUUUUCCAGACUGGAGGCCAUGUACCAGAGACGAAUUACAUAUUCAUGGGAGAUUUUGUUGAUCGAGGUUACAAUAGCCUUGAAGUUUUCACUAUCCUUUUGCUUCUUAAAGCGAGGUAUCCAGCUCAUAUUACCCUUUUGCGUGGUAAUCAUGAAAGCAGGCAACUUACCCAGGUAUAUGGCUUUUAUGAUGAAUGCCAGAGGAAGUAUGGAAAUGCUAAUGCAUGGCGGUACUGUACAGAUGUUUUCGACUAUCUGACGCUUUCAGCAAUUAUAGAUGGAACUGUGCUAUGUGUCCAUGGUGGACUUUCUCCUGACAUCCGAACAAUUGAUCAAAUAAGGGUUAUUGAGAGAAACUGUGAAAUUCCACACGAGGGGCCAUUUUGUGAUCUCAUGUGGAGUGAUCCUGAAGAUAUUGAAACAUGGGCAGUAAGUCCACGUGGAGCAGGUUGGCUUUUUGGAUCCAGAGUCACUUCUGAGUUCAACCACAUAAAUAAUCUUGAUCUGGUUUGUCGGGCACACCAACUUGUUCAAGAAGGUCUUAAGUACAUGUUUCAAGAUAAAGGCCUUGUAACUGUCUGGUCGGCACCAAAUUACUGUUAUCGGUGUGGGAAUGUAGCUUCUAUUUUGAGUUUUAACGACAAUAUGGAGAGAGAGGUGAAGUUCUUCACUGAAACAGAGGAGAACAACCAGAUGAGAGGACCCAGGACAGGAGUACCUUAUUUCUUAUGA